AUGGCUUCUGAGUGGCCCAUAAGUCAGACACCUACCACAGACGAGCACCAAAGACUGCAUGGACUUGAACCUGCACCCUCAUCAUCAUUGCAGGCCCCCAAUUCUUCUGUGCCCACAGGUGGAUUUCCCUACCAUGAUGCGACGCCUCUCGUGGGUAACAUCUAUCCAGCAGCUACCACACCCUACGGACAAUCAGCCAACAACAUCUCUGAUACGCCAGACGUACAAGGCAAGAGCCGCACCAAAGUCACGCACCCGAUCUCGCUCCGGGCACCGCUCCCGACUCGACAGCCUUCGUCUGCAAGCUGGAAGCCAGCAUCAGCCAAACGCAAAGGACCCCGAUGUAGAAUCCCACUCGAGUCCAGACAGAUCCUCGACGAUGAAUUUGCCACUAAUCCAUAUCCCUGCUCCUGGGAGUACGACAUCAUCGCUCAUCAAGCCAACCUUGACGUGAAAAAGGUUCGCAAUUGGUUCAACAACACUCGAGCGAGGAAGAAAGACCCCGACGCUGCCGUCUCGCAAGAUUCUGACGCCGCCACGCAAUGCCUCAACCCAACACUCUCGAGAACCAGUCUGGAGGCUCUUGAUCAGCAAGAAGAGAAAGCCGUUGAGACGCCUCGGCCGCCUUUGGCACUCUACCUUGCACAGUCUUACCAAGAGGAGGGUGUCGAGCUUACCGACAUACAGGCCGCUAUGGAUAGUGAUUCUUUCAGCGCCAGCCUCAAUUCGGAUAGAGGUGUGUGGUCGGUCUCGAGGAGGGGUUCGGCGGCAGAUACCGUCAUUUCCUCAGAAGGAACCGCCCCUACCACCUAUACUGUCUCCUCAAACGGUAGUCGAAGUAAUGUGUCUUCAUUCGGUCGUGAGAGGCGGCGUGGUCGAAGACGAAUGGCCUGGAAAGAAUCCCCACACACACGCUCGAUCAAUGGCGUCAACAGCGCUGGCCAGCCUGAGCAAGACUUGCCCUUCUUCUGCACCUUCUGUCCGCGUGCUUUCAAGACGAAAUACGAAUGGAUUCGCCACGAGGACUCCGUUCACGCCCUACGCACGACCUGGAUCUGCUGCGACACCAAAAAUUCACCACUGCAAUCUUGUCCCUUCUGUGGUCAGAUGCAUCCUGACGAUACUCACAUGGCUACACACAAGUAUCAGCAAUGCUGGACCAAGCCUGAGGCGCAAAGGACGUUCUACCGUCGCGACCACUUCGUACAACAUCUACAUCACGUCCACUUCGCGAACGCCAAGCACCCGUCGGUGCGUGUGGGCUGUCAAGCGCGCCUGAUGGCACCAGAAGGGCAUCACUUUGGCUGCAAAGAUCUUUCGCUUGCGUGGCGAAAAUUCGGAGCCCCCAUGAAGAAGGACGACCCUAUGCUCCACUGCGGCUUCUGUGGUAAGAUCUCAAAAGACUGGUCAGAGCGCUGCGAACAUGUCGCCGAGCAUUUGACUGCCCGAGAGCUCACCAGAUCUGUGUGGUGGCCAGAGAGAAGAGAGAAUCAUCUCGAGAACCUCUAUUCAACCACACCAUUUGAGUCAUUUCGUUGCCGGUACUGCCUGAAAGUAUUCACCGACAUUCAGGCUAUGAACAAGCACUCUCACUGCCGCGUUUGGAGCUGUCGAUUCCUGCGGAGUUUCGAUGAUGUGGCAGCUGAGAACGCCGGACCUCCGCUUUGUCAGGACUUCCCUUCCGCCAAAGCUCACCACUGUCAUCUAUGCGGAGCUGGCUAUCGCGCUGUGCACGUCGAGCAUGCUCAGAAUUACCACAGAUACAGAUCUUGCAAUCAGGAGUUCUACGAAUCAGAGGAGGCUUUCCUUCAGCAUCUGCACAACUUCCAUGGUGCAUCGCAGCCUGCGUUACUACGUGGCCGUCCCGUUAUAGAGCACACGUUCAUGCGCAACAAGGGAGCCUCGUUUGAGCCUGUAGAGUUCAACGAAAUUACACAGCCGUGUCACUUUGAGCUUCAAGCAACACCACUGACGCCCUUCACUGUCAAGCCAAGUUUCAAUGCGUCUGUCAGCGACAGGAAGGACCAAAGGCAGCACAAAAAGCAUUCUUCUGUACGAAAACAGCCUAUCAGUGCUGAUAGCUUUCAAGCCACUGAAACCUUGAAACCACGAAGACAGCGGUCAGAUACAGUCGCACCGAAGGCAGAUUCUCACGAGCCCCGAUUUCUUCGACUCAGCACCUAUGUGCCGUUUGUAUCGUCACGCAUCUUUUACUCGCGCAACUCCAGGUCUUCGGACAUUCCUAGGGAUAGUCAAGCCGUCGUUGAAGAGAUUUCAAAGCCACAUCUCACAUCCUUGGUCAUGAGUGCUGGCCUCAUCAGCAUGGCUGUAGCACGUUGGACUAUCAAGCUGGAUAAACGCACCAAAGACAGCAUGAUAGAGUUGGUUCUUCAUGAAGACGUCGAGUGA